AUCUAUCAUAGGCCACUGAAGAAAAGUCUACAAUUUUCACACUCACCAUCCUCUAGAAAUGAGCAAGCAGGAAGUGACUUACACAGCAGUGAACUGUCACACUUCUGAGCAGCAGAGGAGACAAAGACCUGGGAACUCUGAGAGCAAAGAAAUGAGAAAGAAAGAGACGAUCUACACGAAUACAAAAUUUCUCACUUCUCCUAAGCAGCAGUUGAAUCAAAGACCUGAAUAUGCAGAAAUCAAAGCUUCCCCUGCUCCGGCUCCUCCCUGGCAGAUCAUUGCGGUGAUUCUGGGGAUCUUCUGCCUGGUGUUGUUAGGAGUCUCAGUGGCCUUGGCUAUCAAGUAUCAUUCCUGUCCGGGAUGCCCUGACCAGUGGGUACAAUAUAGAGACAGCUGUUACUACUUCUCCAAGGAAAAGAAAGAUUGGAAUUCUAGCUGGAAUUUCUGCUCUGCCCAAGACUCAGGGCUCUUGGUAAUCAGUGACAACAGGGAAAAGAACCUGUUCCUGGGGAUCCAUGCAGAAGAACACUGGAUUGGAUUGACAAAUUUCAAUGGCUCUGGCUGGGCCUGGGAAGAUGGCUCAACAUUCAACGAUAUAAAGGUGACCUCUAACAGCCCCGUGCAGCACUGUGCUGUCCUAUUGAAGGAUGCCCUCCACGCCUCCAGCUGUGCAGUUCCUUUCCUAUGCAUCUGUGAGAAAUCCCCCAAGUAAUCUCCUGCUGCACUUUCCCAUCAAAUAGUCUUCACGCACACUCAGCCAAUAGACCUGAAUCAUGAACCCAUUAAAGAUGCUCCUAGCUUUGUUCAUGUGGGACAAGUUUGACAGUAUUCCUAGGUGGUUAGCAGCAUACACUGCCUUGUGGGAGACCAAGGUUUGAUUCCUGCUGUAAUGUAGGUAUACAAUUGUGUCUAAGCAUCUAGUUAAAGCAGCAUCAGCUGAAAAAGCUGAAGUUCUUGUUAAUACACGUAUUGUUGAUUAUCUUUGUAUUUCUAUUUUCAGCACAGUUGUACUGUGGCUCAGACUGCCAGAAAUUAAACUGUGUUUAAAAAACUCAAUAAAGGAAAAUAAUGGGACAAUAUUAAGUAUUUCUCCUUUAAAGAUGAUAUCUCACUGUUGUACUUGGAGUGAAGUAAGCAGUAUGAGUAGGAUUAAACUGGAUUUUUUAUUCAUUCACAAAAUGUUACAGUUACACUGUGUAUCUUUUCCUCUUUCUUUAGCAGGAUUGCUCGAGUAUUCUCAAGUAAUUAUUACAUUUACUCACUCCUACCCUACUCAAUUAACCUUUAGAUAUAAUACUUUCCCCAAAUGGAGGGAAAUACUCUGGCAUGACUCAUAUUUCAAGGUAAACAGAUUUAACAUUUACUCCCUUUUCUUCUGCUUCCUUCAGCAAUUAUUAGCUAUACUUGUGAUUUUCCCCUCUGAUUUUUUUUUAAAAAGAAGACUAAGAGGAGAUGUGAUAGAGAUCUGUAAAUCAAAGAAUGGGACAGGGGAAGCCCUUCAGGAGCAUCUAUUAGCUUGUUCCUAUGUCCCGGUCUAUAUUACGCGGUUAGGUCAAAUUUAGCCGCGUUAGGUCGAUUUUAUAAGGAAUGUGUCUACACAACCAACCCCCUUCUGCCAACCUAAAGGGCUCUUAAAAUCAACUGCUGUACUCUUCCCCGACGAAGGGAGUAGCACUAAAAUCGACCUUCCUGGGUCGAAUUUGGGGUACUGUAGAUGCAGUGCUGUGCAAUUCGAUGGCCUCCAGGAGCUAUCCAGAGAGCUCCAAUGUGACCACUCUGGACAGCACUUUCAACUCCAAUGCACUAGCCAGGUACACAGGAAAAGCACUGGGAACUUUUGAAUUUCAUUUCCUCCUUGGUCAGCAUGGCAUGCUCAGCAGAACAGGUGACCAUGCAGACCCAAAAUCGCACACGAGCUCCAGCAUGGAGCCAACGGGAGACCCUGGAUCUGAUUGCUGUAUGGGGACAAGAAUCUGUGCAGGCAGAACUCCGAUCCAGCAGAAGAAAUGUUAAUAUAUAUGCCAAAAUUGCACAGGGCGUGGUGGAGAGAGGUUACACCAGGGACACACAGCAGUGCCACGUGAAAAUUAAGGAGCUCAGGCAAGCCUACCAAAAGACAAAGGAGGCAAAUGGUUACUCUGGGUCAGAACCCCAGACAUGCCACUUCUAAGAUCAGCUGUAUGCCAUUCUAGGGGGGGACCCUACCACUACCCCACCAGUGUCCGUGGAGACUGCAAGGGAGGAGUCUCAUGCAACAGGGAGGAGGAUUUUGUGGAUGAGGAAGAGGAGGAGGAGAAUGUGCAACAGGCAAGCGGUGAAUCCGUUCUCCCCGGCAGCCAGGACCUUUUGAUCACCCUGGAGCCAGUACCCUCCCAGGGCAUAUUGUUCCUGGACCCUGAAGGCAGAGAAGGCAC